AUGCCCUCCAACAGGCCCGGAGCAAUUGGGAGGCGCAGGAGGAUCACGUACAGCAAAGACCAACUGAAGGUCCUUUUCGAGGCCUUUGAAAAGGACCCAUAUCCUGAUAUUACUGUCCGAGAAGAACUAGCCAAGCAAAUCCAGAUUCCUCAGUCAAGAAUCCAGGUAUGGUUUCAGAACCGCAGAGGCAGAAAACCCAAGAACACCCAGAAGAGCCCCCAGCGGGAGGCAGACGCUGCGGCUCCCGGAUCCCGCCAGGGUGCACGCCCUGCCCCCCGCCACUAUGGCUUCCAGGGCCUUUCCCCCCCACGUGGCUCCGGCUCUAUGAGCUAUGCCAUCCGAUUCUCCUGCGGGGUGGAGCAAGCCUCUGGGCAAGCAGGCCUCUGGGGGCACACUGGUGUGCUGGGCGCGAAUGCGACCUCUCCCAACCUGGAGACUCCAGCCGAGGCCCUGGGGGCACCUUCUGGGAGUCCCUAUUGUUCCCCGUCUUGGGAAUUCAGCCCUUCAGCUAUGGGUGCAUGUCCUGCUCCCCAACAGCCCUUCUUCCAGGGAGAAGCUGGUGGCAUCGGCACUCCGCUGGGGGACCCCGGGCCGCUCAGGAUACAUGGUGACUGCACCCUGCAAGGGUGGGGGCAGCACUUUCCGUCUGAUGGGCAGCAGCCAUGGCAGGGCUGGCAGCAUCCAGCUGAUUGGGGGCCAGGGUUGGCUCCCCAGAAGCCACUGUUCCAGUACCCUGGAGCCUGGAGGCAGCCUCCUCCCUGA